GCAUGUGAGGUUUACUGACAUCCCCAAGUGAUGUCGGCGUAUGUACGCUGUGCAUUCCAACCCCCUCCCUCCAGCCAGUCUCCGUUCCCCAUCAAUCCUCUCUAGUCCAAGUAUCCGACUCUUGUCUCUCUUUUUUUUUUUAAUAUUUCUCCUAAUCACCACCUAUCAAGACACAAGUCUCUCUCAAGUCUCAACUCUUCAGUCACUUCAUCUUUUUUUUUUUUUGCUUUUCCCAAUCUAAUAUCAGGGCUGAGUUUCAAUAUCUAUAUAUACCUCCCCCCUAAACGACGUAGUAAUAAACAAAGACGAAGAAAAAGAGCAGGGAAUACUAGGAAGAAAGAAUAAACAAAGUGAGAAAACAGCAGCACCUCGCUGCUAAGAUGACGAUUCCCUCUUCUUCUCUUCUUUCUCGUUAUCUUCUUCUUGUUCUUGUUCUCUUUGUGCUUCUUCUGGGGACGUCGUCUCGUUUGGUUAAAUCUGGUAGUCAUGACUAUCAGGACGCAUUAUCCAAGUGCAUCUUAUUCUUUGAGGGCCAAAGGUCCGGGAAGCUACCGACAGACCAGCGUCUAUCGUGGCGGUCAGAUUCGGGGCUGGGCGACGGAAGGGAGAAUGGGGUGGACUUGACCGGCGGCUACUACGACGCCGGGGAUAACGUCAAGUUCGGCUUCCCCAUGGCCUUCACCACUACAAUGCUGGCAUGGAGCGUCAUCGAAUUCGGCGACAUGAUGCCCCCGACCGAGCUACGGAAUACCCUAGUUGCCAUCCGGUGGGCCACCGACUAUCUUCUCAAGACCGUCUCCCAACCUGACCGGAUUUUUGUUCAGGUGGGGGAUCCGCUCGUAGAUCACAACUGCUGGGAAAGACCGGAGGACAUGGACACGGUUCGGACCGUUUACAGCGUCGACUCGGCAAACCCUGGUUCGGAUGUAGCGGGCGAGACAGCCGCAGCUCUUGCAGCAUCUUCUAUGGCGUUCCGAUCAUCAGACCCGGCCUACGCCGAGACGCUCUUAAGUACUGCCAUCAGGGUCUUUGAAUUCGCAGACAAUCACAAAGGAGCUUACAGCGAUAAUGAGAGUAUCAGAGCCGGGGUGUGCCCCUUUUACUGCGACUUCGAUGGGUAUCAGGAUGAAUUGCUGUGGGGAGCAGCGUGGCUGAGGAGGGCCUCACAAAGCGAUUCGUAUCUCAACUACAUAACAAACAACGGUAAGACCCUCGGCGCUGAUGACAAUAUCAACGAAUUCGGAUGGGACAACAAGCACGCAGGGCUUAACGUUCUCGUGUCCAAGGAAUUCCUGGAAGGGAGCGUGUACUCACUUGAAUCAUACAAAGUAUCGGCGGACAGUUUCAUGUGCACGCUCAUACCGGAAUCGUCGUCGUCGCACAUCGAGUACACUCCUGGUGGACUCAUAUACAAGCCUGGAGGAAGCAACAUGCAACACGUAACCUCCAUCGCUUUCCUCCUUCUCGUCUACGCUAAUUACCUGUCCCGUACAUCACAGACCGUUAAUUGUGGGAGCGUGUCUGUGGGAUCCGCUUCUCUCCUUCAACAGGCCAAGAAGCAGGUGGAUUACAUCCUAGGAGAUAACCCGAUGGGCAUGUCGUACAUGGUAGGCUACGGCGACAAGUACCCGCAGCGGAUCCACCACCGUGGCUCGUCCAUACCAUCCGUGAAGGACCAUCCUCAGUUCAUUGCGUGCAAAGAGGGCUCCGUUUACUUCGGGUCAUCCAGCCCAAACCCGAACACUCUCGUCGGAGCCGUGGUCGGAGGACCGGGAGAAGACGACGUUUACGAAGACGACCGGGCCAACUUCCGAAAGUCGGAGCCAACUACCUACAUCAACGCUCCAUUGGUUGGCGUCCUUGCCUAUUUUGUCGCCAACCCUAAUUAACGCGUCUGGAUUACUCUGGACCACACACAUGUACAUAACCAGAAUCCCACAUAAAUUACAACAAAGAGAAGAAACCAAUUGUCUCUCAUCUUGUGAGAAGCAAAGAAGGAAGAGGCUUGUUACAAAUUAACGAUUGUUGUGAGGUGCGUGUGACUCGUGAGGGAAGGGGGAGAAUACCUACUCUUGGUAUGGUAUUGUUGUUGGGUUGGGGCAUUAUAAAUUUUUGUGCAGUUUUUGUUUAUUGAGUUGAGUGAUCAAUCAACAAUGAAUACACAAUAGAGAUGCUGUUUGUUUUAUUAA